CUGCGCAGGCGCAGAAGCGGCGCGGGUGCCUCCCCUCAGGCACUGCUGCGGACAUCCCCAGGGGCCUCGGCGACGGGGGCCGGAAGUGACGCAUGUUCCGCCUUUCCGCGUCCCUCGCGGCGGGCGGCGGGCGUCGGGACGGAGCCGCGCACUCGGAUCUGGGUCUUCGCGGUCAACGGCUUCUUUUAGGGCCCCGCCGCAGCCGACCCGGCUCCUCGGUGGAGAGAAGAUGGUGGGCCGGAACAGCGCCAUCGCCGCCGGCGUGUGCGGGGCCCUUUUUAUCGGUUACUGCAUUUACUUCGACCGCAAGAGACGGAGUGACCCCAACUUCAAGAACAGGCUGCGAGAACGAAGAAAGAAACAAAAGCUUGCCAAGGAGAGAGCUGGGCUUUCCAAGUUACCUGACCUUAAAGAUGCUGAAGCCGUUCAGAAAUUCUUUCUAGAAGAAAUACAGCUUGGUGAAGAAUUACUAGCUCAAGGUGAAUAUGAGAAGGGCGUGGACCAUCUGACGAAUGCAAUUGCUGUGUGUGGACAGCCGCAGCAGUUACUGCAAGUGUUGCAGCAAACUCUCCCACCACCAGUGUUCCAGAUGCUUUUGACUAAGCUCCCGACAAUUAGUCAGAGAAUUGUAAGUGCUCAGAGCUUGGCUGAAGAUGAUGUGGAAUGAGAAACAAAUGUCAACAUAAUGAUCUCAAUUAAAACGUAUUUCUAAAAUCUUAACUCAGAAGAUGAUCGGCUCUGGGGGAGUAAGGGCAGAUAAGCUUGUUAUGGACUGUCCUCCACAGUGACGUCUACCAAAGUUAAUUUUUACUUUGUGUAGAUCCAUUUGUCUGUUUUAUUUAUUUUUCCCAGUGAAAAGUGUAUUUUGAUAGAGAGCUUUUCUUUUUAUAAAUACACUAUGAAUUACUGAAAUAUGCAUUUUGUUUAUUCCUAAAAUGUGUAAUUAGAAUGUACAUAUAACAUCCCAUUACAUUAAAAAUACCCAGUGCUCGGUUUUGAAAGGCCCCAAAAAAUGUAGAAGAAAACUAAAGAAUAUACUUGUUUUGCUCUACAUCAGAAAGUUGGCUUCUAAACUUGUGUUGAUCAAAACUGAGCAUUAAAAUAAGAGAUUAUUUCUUUCCAUUUAAUCUCUUAAAUAUGUGUAAUGUGCUGCUAUGCUAUAAUAACAACUUCACCCCCUCCCUUGAAAUGUUUUCUUUAAAUCAGUGGGUUUGAUGUAUUCUGGAUAUUUAUCUCCUUGUAUUUUAGAUACAUGUAGUUGCGGAUUGCACCAGGAAUUAGAUGCUAUACAUUCUUCACCUGGCUGAGUAAGCUUUACCAGUUAAUGUCUGCCCACUCGCCUCAUAUAUAGACUGAGGAAAUGGGUCUGCUAAUUCAGCUUCUAAUUCCUUUGGUUCUGUGCAGCAUUUUCAAAUCCCUCUUUCUGAGGGAAAUACCUGUUUGGGCAGCCAGCCCUUGCAUUUUUUUAUACUCUAAAUUUUGCAUGCUUGCCUGACUUAGUAUUCCUGAAUUGUUUUUUUUAAAGGUAUAACGUGUUGAUUUUCACUGAAAUCAUGGUUCUGUCACUACUUUGGUAAAUUAACCUGAAACGUAACCUUCACGGUAACUGGGACGAUAUGCUUGUAAAAGUGUGUGUUCCCUUUUGCUUUUAUCCUGAGUGUACCUGUUUAGUCCCCUACCAACCCUUAUCUUGUACGAGAAUAAGGUGUAACUUUGUGGCUGAAGACUUGAAUGAAGAUAAUGGGACCUUUUAUUCUCUAAAUAGUGACAUACUAUCUGCAGCCACAGAUUAAAUACCAGACCUAAGAAUAAAGAUCCUUGGUACUUA